CAUUGUAUAGGAGUAGCUUCUCCCAUAAUCAGGCUUAUAUGCACUUACCCAUCCGUUUGCUUAACUCUUCCAAAUUAUCUGAUAUAAAAGAGAAAUAGUGAAACAUAGUUUGAUGAUGAAGGAUAAAGGAACCGUCAACAUCUUCAUUCAGUAACAUUAAAUGAAGAUAUGGGAAUUUUUCAAUAUCCAACUAUCAUGAUACAGAGAGCAUACAGAGUAACUCAAGAGAGACCAGCACUGCUGCUAUGUUUGGAUGAAAUAGAACAGUAGCAGAACACCGACCUCAUCAUGUCAAGCAAUGUAGCAUUUACUCUCUUUAUCUUCUUUCUUAAUAUCUCAUUGUUUCCAGCUCUGAACCAAGAAGGUCUCUCUCUACUUUCAUGGCUUUCAACCUUCAAUUCCACCACAAACUCUUCCUCCACCUUCUCUUCAUGGAAUCCAACACACAAAAAUCCUUGCAGAUGGGACUAUGUGAAAUGUUCAGCAGAAGGUUUUGUUGAAGAGAUCAUAAUAACAUCAAUUGAUCUUCGUAGCGGCUUCCCUACACAGCUUCUUUCUUUUGGUAAUCUCACCAUACUUGUUAUCUCAAAUGGAAAUCUCACUGGUGAGAUUCCAAGUUCAGUGGGAAACUUGUCCUCUCUGGUUACCCUUGAUCUCAGCUUCAACACUUUAUCAGGAACCAUUCCAGAAGAAAUAGGAAAGCUUUCUAACCUGAAGUUUCUAUCUUUGAAUUCAAAUUCCUUGCAAGGUGGGAUUCCAACCACUAUUGGAAACUGUUCAAAGCUUCAGCAGCUAGAACUUUUCGACAACCAGCUCUCUGGGAUGAUACCUGGAGAAAUAGGCCAGUUGAAGGCUCUUGAAACCUUAAGAGCAGGUGGAAAUCCAGGUAUUCAUGGGGAAAUUCCAAUGCAGAUAUCAGAUUGCAAGGCUCUAGUUUUUCUUGGACUUGCAGUUACAGGGGUUUCAGGGGAGAUUCCACCAAGCAUAGGAGAACUUACAAAUCUCAAGACACUUUCUGUCUACACAGCACACCUCAGUGGUAAAAUCCCAUCAGAGAUUCAAAACUGCUCAAGCUUGGAAGAUUUGUUUCUGUAUGAAAACCAGAUUUCUGGAAAUAUUCCUUAUGAAUUAGGUUCCAUGCAAAGCCUCAAGAGGGUGUUGCUGUGGCAGAACAAUUUAACUGGAACCAUUCCUGAAAGUCUGGGAAACUGCACAAAUCUGAAGGUUAUAGAUUUCUCUUUGAAUUCUCUGGGUGGUUUGUUACCUGUCACUCUCAGUAAUCUACUUUCAUUGGAGGAGUUGCUGUUGUCUGAUAAUAACAUUUAUGGAGAAAUACCUUCAUAUGUUGGCAAUUUUUCCAGGCUGAAGCAACUUGAAUUGGAUAACAACAAAUUUUCUGGUGAGAUUCCACCUGUUCUGGGGAAAUUAAAGGAUCUUACCCUCUUCUAUGCCUGGAAUAAUCAGCUCAAUGGAAGCAUGCCAACAGAACUAUCCAACUGUGAGAAACUUGAAGCUGUUGAUCUUUCACACAAUUUCCUCACAGGUCCAAUUCCAAGCUCUCUCUUUCAUCUGAAGAAUUUAACUCAGUUGUUGCUGAUAUCAAACAGGUUUUCAGGGAAAAUUCCACCAGAUAUUGGAAGCUGCACUAGCUUGAUCAGGUUAAGACUUGGAUCAAACAACUUCACCGGUCAAAUUCCACCACAAAUUGGCCUUUUAAGCAGUUUGACCUUUCUUGAGUUGUCAGAUAAUCUCCUCAGUGGAAAUGUUCCCUCAGAGAUAGGUAACUGUGCUCAUCUAGAAAUGCUUGACUUGCACAGCAAUGCACUACAAGGAACCAUCCCUUCCUCAUUGAAGUUUCUAGUUGGUCUUAAUGUGUUGGAUCUUUCUGAAAACAGAAUAAAUGGUAGCAUUCCUACGAAUUUGGGCAAGCUUGCAUCAUUGAACAAGUUGAUUCUAAGUGGAAACUUUAUCAGUGGUUUGAUCCCUCAGUCACUAGGCCUUUGUAAGGAUUUGCAGUUGCUGGAUAUAAGUAACAACAGGAUCACUGGUUCAAUUCCUGAUGAAAUUGGUCAGUUGCAAGGAUUAGAUAUCCUCUUGAACUUGAGCUUGAAUUCUCUUACUGGCCCCAUUCCAGAAAGCUUCUCAAAUCUCUCAAAACUUUCUACGUUGGAUCUCUCUCACAAUAAGCUCACAGGAACCCUUAGAAUUUUGGGUGGUCUUGACAAUCUUGUGUCUCUGAAUGUCUCAUACAACAACUUUUCUGGUUCUCUUCCUGAUUCGAAGUUUUUCCGGGAACUACCUGCCGCGGCAUAUGCUGGUAACCCUGAGCUUUGCAUUACAAAGUGUCAUGCAACUGGAAAUCGCCAAGGCGUGAAGUCCAUAAAAAAUAUUAUCAUCUACACUUUCCUUGGGGUGAUUUUAACUUCUAUUUUUAUCACCUUCGGAGUGAUUUUCGCUCUCCGAAUUCAAGAGACUAAUUUUGGGGGGAACUUUGAUGAAGGUGGAGACAUGGAAUGGGCAUUCACUCCAUUCCAGAAACUCAACUUCUCCAUCAAUGACAUUGUCUCCAAGUUGUCAGAUUCAAACAUUGUGGGAAAAGGUGGCUCAGGAAUGGUUUAUCGUGUAGAGACUCCAAUGAAACAGGUUAUUGCAGUGAAGAAGCUAUGGCCAAUCAAGAAUGAAGAGCAACCAGAGAGAGAUCUGUUCACUGCAGAAGUUCAGACUCUUGGAUCAAUAAGGCAUAAAAACAUAGUGAGACUUUUAGGAUGCUGCAACAAUGGAAGAACUAGAUUGCUCUUGUUUGAUUAUAUAUGCAAUGGGAGUUUGUUUGGAUUGCUCCAUGAAAAUAGAUUGUUCUUGGACUGGGAUGCAAGGUACAAGAUCAUUUUGGGAACAGCUCAAGGUUUAGAAUACCUUCAUCAUGAUUGUAUCCCUCCCAUUGUUCAUCGCGACAUUAAGGCUAACAACAUCUUAGUAGGUCCACAAUUUGAAGCUUUUCUUGCAGAUUUUGGCCUCGCGAAACUCAUGAGCUCCUCAGAGUGUUCAGCAGCAUCUCAUGUGGUUGCAGGUUCUUGUGGAUACAUAGCUCCUGAAUAUGGAUACAGUUUAAGAAUCACAGAGAAGAGCGAUGUCUACAGUUACGGUGUUGUGCUCCUUGAGGUCUUAACAGGGAUGGAGCCAACUGAUCACAGGAUUCCAGAAGGUGCACACAUUGUAACAUGGGUUACCAGUGAAAUCAGAGAGAAGAAAAGAGAGUUUUCAUCUAUCCUAGACCAGGAACUAGUUUUGCAGUGUGGAACAAGAACCCCAGAGAUGCUUCAGGUUCUAGGGGUGGCUCUCCUCUGUGUGAAUCCAUCCCCGGAAGAACGACCCGCCAUGAAAGAUGUAACCGCAAUGCUCAAGGAAAUCAGGCAUGAAAAUGACGAUUUUGAGAAGCCAAAUUUUCUGCAAAAAGGCAUGGUUACCAACCCAAAAGCAGCAGUACACUGUUCUAGUUUCUCCAGAUCAUGUGAACAUUUAAUAGAAUCUUCAUCUUCUUCUUCAUAGAGAUCAAAUUGAAUACUAGAUUUGCUAAAAAUAUUUUUCACAUAACAUAUUAUUUGUAUAGAUUGUUAGUAUUUAUUCAAUUCCACAAUCCAAUAGUGUUCUUUCUGUA